AUGGUGAAUCAUGCUCAAAAUCAAUUGACUAUAGGGGCCUAUUUCACUAAACUGAAGACAGUCUGGGAAGAAUUAAGCAAUUACAGGCCAUCUUGCUCAUGUGGAAAGUGUACGUGUAAGGGAAUUAAGGCUUUGGAAGAUCACUAUCAAACUGAAUAUGUGAUGUCUUUUUUUAUGGGACUUGACGAUUCUUUUGCUCAAACUCGUAGCCAGAUACUGCUUAUGGAUCCAAUACCGCCUAUCAACAAAGUAUUUGCCCUUGUAUCUCAAGAAAAGCUUCAGAGAACUAUGAAUAAUGUAGCAGGAACAUCCACUGGGAAUAAUCCUAUGGCUUUCAACAUAAAAAAUGAGGGUAAUCGAUCAAAUAAUAAACUACAGCCUGGUAAGUAUCAGAAGAAGGAUCGUUCAAUCUAUAGCUACUGUGGAUUUACUGGCCAUUCUAUAAAUAAGUGCUAUAAACUUCAUGGUUAUCCCCCUGGAUACAAGCCAAGGCAGAAGGGCUCUUACUCUAAUCAAGGUGUUAAUGCAACAGCACACCUGGUCUCAGAAUCCUCCAAUGAUCAAGGAAAUAUUGGUGGUUUUGUCCAGACAUUGCCAGACCAGUACCAUCAGCUAUUGACUAUGUUGAAUAUCCAUCUGACAUCAGCCAAAACUAGCACAGAACUUGAUGUGAAAUUAAUAAACACAGCAGGUAUCUCCUUCUCUGUAUCUAAUCACCCUAAUCUUCACUCUCCUAGGCAUUGGAUAGUGGACUCCGAUGCCACAAAUCACGUGUGUUUUGAUCAAUCUCUAUUUCACACUCUAGUUCCUAUCUCGAAUUCAUUUUUUACUCUUCCCAACAAAACUCGCAUACAAGUCAAUUUUUCUGGAAUAAUUCGAAUCAAUCCUUCAUUGAUCCUUUAUGAUGUUCUAUACGUUCCUCAAUUCCAAUUUAAUUUGUUAUCUGUUACUUCUUUAACGAGAAAUUCUUCACUUCAAAUCAUCUUUCUUAUGGAUCGUUGUCUCAUUCAGAAAAUACCAACUUUGAAGACGAUUGGCAGGGGUAAUAAAGUUGCAGAUCUUUAUGUCAUUGAGAGUGCAUAUUGCUCCAAUUCUUGUAAAUCUGUUCCAGCUGUUAUUACUUGUAAUUCCUCUAAUUCCAAUGUAAAUAAUGUGUCUUCGUAA